AUGCCCAGAAAGACGCUCUCGGAGUUGGAAAGAGAAGCUAGGGAAUCAGGUCCGUUUUUGGGUAGCGACGAAACUGCCUCGAAUUUCAAAGAUGCCGGACGGGCAGUUGAUAUGAAGGAGGAUACCACCCAGCAGGUUAAACCAUGGGUUCAUUUUGUUGCAGGAGGAAUUGGUGGAAUGGCAGGUGCAGUGGUGACAUGUCCCUUUGACGUGGUUAAGACUCGUUUACAAAGCGACGUGUAUCAGGCAGCGUAUCGAUCGAAUGGUCACAAUGCAGCAACUUCAGCAAAUUUCCUGAAAGAUGGUGCUCGACAUUUUAGGGAGACCUUAGGCAUCAUAUCGAGCGUUUAUAGACAAGAAGGUUUCCGAAGUUUGUUCAAAGGUUUGGGCCCAAAUCUCGUUGGUGUUAUUCCAGCGAGAAGCAUUAAUUUCUUCACAUACGGGACGACCAAAGAUAUCUAUUCCAGAGCGCUCAAUAACGGCCAAGAAGCGCCAUGGAUUCAUUUGCUAGCUGCCGCGACGGCCGGUUGGGCAACCUCUACAGCGACAAAUCCAAUCUGGCUCAUUAAGACUAGAUUGCAACUGGAUAAGACUGGAUCGACAAGACAGCAUAAAAACUCAUGGGCGUGCUUCAAUGAUAUUAUAAAGAAUGAGGGCGUGAAGGGGCUUUAUAAAGGGUUAAGCGCCUCUUAUUUGGGAUCUGUCGAGGGAAUCUUACAGUGGCUUCUUUACGAGCAAAUGAAACAUGUCAUCAAGAUGCGUUCGUUACAGAAGUUUGGUAAUGCGGGAGAAUCCGAGAAGACCACUGGCGACAAAAUUAAGGAAUGGUGCCAAAGAUCUGGUAGUGCUGGAUUGGCCAAAUUCGUGGCCAGUAUCAUCACAUAUCCACAUGAAGUUGUGCGUACGCGACUCAGACAAGCUCCUUGCCAAAAUGGGAAGCCGAAAUAUACUGGAUUGAUACAAUCAUUCAGAGUCAUUAUAAAAGAGGAGGGGCUCGUCUCCAUGUAUGGAGGACUGACGCCACAUUUACUCAGGACGGUGCCCAAUAGCAUCAUCAUGUUCGGAACUUGGGAAUUGGUAAUAAAGCUGUUGUCGGAUAAAUGA